UUUCACCGAAUGUGGUUCGGAGUGCACCCCGAACCUCUGCUAAAUUGCUCGUUCAAGGGUUCCCAAGAUGCAGUGUAAUCCCUGGGAGUCCGGUUCCUGGAGUCUAGCUGGAAUAUCUCCUACCGAGCUUGAGUUAUAUUCCUUGUUUCCCCUCUUCAGUUUGUUUUUCUUUCCAACUCCGCGUCCUGCUGUUUUCGAAUCUUCUCAAUUUGCAUUGAAGAUGCUGUCUAAAAAUCUACUCUUUCUUGCCUCUCUGCUGGCUCCAGCUGCUGCAACAGGGCUUGGGCCAGACUCGGAUGGAAAAUACACGAUUUCCUCAAAGGGUCUCCGAGCUCAAUUUGUAGCCUACGGAGCUAGUAUCUCGAACUUAUUCGUCAAAGAUGCAGAUGGCCGUGAGCGUGAUGUUGUCCUAGGCUUCGACAAUGCCACUUACUACGCGGAAGACCCCAUACAUGCGCAUUGGGGUUCCGUGCCUGGCCGAUAUGCCAAUCGUAUCAAGAACUCUACUUUUGAUAUCGACGGUGUUACCUACAACAUCCUGCCAAAUGAACACCCUACCCCUGAGCACCCAGAUGGAGUUAAUACUCUUCACGGAGGACCAAACGGCUGGGAUCACCGUGUAUUCAAUGUUACUGCACAGACGAGCAACUCUAUUACCUUCACCAUCACUGAUGAGGAUGGAAACCAAGGCUUUCCUGGAGAAGUUAUCAGCUAUAUUACUUACACGCUAAAUGAUCUGACUUGGGAUAUCACCAUGGUUGCCCACGCCACCACGAAGAAGACCCCGAUCAUGCUGAGUAGCCACACUUACUGGAACCUUGACGGUUUCCAGAACCCCGGGACAGGAACAAUCCUGAACCAUUCGCUGUGGCUGCCACACUCUGGCCAGCGAGUUGGUGUUGAUUCUAUCCUGAUUCCAGACGGAACGAUACUCCCAAACCAACCGGGGUCAGUGAACGAUUUCUGGUCCGCACCAAAGCAGCUCGGUGCCAAUCUCACGGCCCCUGAUCUCGUUGGUAACUGUGGCGAAGGCUGCACCGGAUAUGAUACCUGCUACCUCGUGAACCGAGAACAGGAUGGUCCAUACGACUGGCACUCUAAGCCAGUGGCCGUGCUCAGCAGCCCAUGGAGCGGCAUCCAAAUUGACAUUUUCAGCGAGCAGGAGGCAUUCCAGAUCUACACCUGCAACAACUACGAUAGCACUCUACCCGUAAAGUCGACUCAGGGUACCGAUGUCAGACGCACUGUACCAGCGUACGGAUGCAUCGUCAUGGAGGUCGAGGACUGGGUUGAUGCCAUCAACCAGCCGGAGUGGCAGCGAAGCAAGAAGCAGAUUUACGGGCCUUCGGAUGAUCCAUAUGUUCUGCGCGCGCAAUACGUCUUCUCGGCGAAUAAGAAGCAGCAGCACCAUUAGUUAUGCGAGUAGAGGUUAAUAUUCGAGAGAUAAAUUUUAACUUUCACAAGAUUAAAGUGAGCCGCCCCGAGCUGGCAUAAUCACUAAUUUACCAAAUAUAAAUUCAUCAC